AGGCAUAGCAAAGUGGGAGAACGUCCGUUUGUUAUCACUUGCUGCGCACAAAAGUUGAAAUUGGCUGCUCAUUCCCAGCAGAACGAGUCUGGCUACCGUGCAAAAUGUCAAAAAAGCUACUGCAACUAGCAGCGCUCUUGCUGUUUUGCAUCAUUGAGCAAACUUGUGGAACUGCUACCCUCGGGACACCAGAGCCGGCUGAUUUAAACACUUACAACUAUGUCGCAAAGUUGGUCAAAGACUCAUUUAUUGAACAAAGCUCGCCCAUAUUUGUGAUCAGUAAAAAAUACGCACUUUCAGGCACGUUCAUUAUGGAAUACACAGACACAAUCGAUGAUUACAUAAUCACGAGUGGCAAUCCGUCAGUGCCGUUUACUUACACAAUUGCACAAAUCAACUACCUUGAUUUUGGUUUGGUGACGAUCAAAAUCUGUGGAAAGUUCACUCAGGACCCAAUGCAACUGACACCUGUCCUUUCCUACAAUUUCACCACAUCUACGACGGCCAACCUAAUAUAUUUUGAGGAGGACACUUUAAUGGAAUUAACUGCACCUGUACCGUCAGGCUGCGAAUGCGAACAGGACGCUGUGUUGCAGGCUGCGCAUGACAUGGACGCAGCGCACGAGGCUUGCAUUAUGAAAGAUAGCACGCCUGGCGCAUGCAGCCUCAUCCUUGACGCGGCGCCCACGUACGUUAGAGGAAAUGCGAUGGUAAUUGGAGGGGUUGGUGUUGCGUUUCUCGACCACGACCAUUGUAAUAACGCAACAAGCAAUUUCAAUGCUGGCUCCACUUACGUCAAAAUACAGCCUUACUACAACGAUAUCCUUAAAUCAGCUAUUGUCGACUUACCCUGAUUAAUAAAG